AAAAAGCUAAAUAUGAUGUUGUAACAAAUACAUAAGAUACAUUUUCAAUUCAAGGAACCAAUUUACGCCUGGAGGUAAAUUGUUUUGGAACAUGUUUGUUGCUGACGCGGCAUCAUACAUCAGUGGGAGAGACUUGGAAUUAUGACGUGCUCUGUGACGUUUUUUUUUGCUACCAGGAAACGAAUGUAAACAUACCAAUCGGAAUCGAAACGCAAAUGCAUUCGCAUAAUUCUACAAAAGAUCUUCGAUGCUGGGUGCUAAAUACGAUUUUGCAGCACGGGGCGAAAUGUGGUUAGCUGGAAUAUAUGAUUGCCAAUUCUAGAAGAGGUUAUUAAACGCAGUAGCUAGGACUGGGGCAGGCUAAUCGCUCGAUAAACCGACACACAUCCACUUCGGGGUGCAGAGAAUUUGCAACAAGCUGAUGACAUGUCGGCAGACAGUUCUUCUGCCAACCAGGAAGAACCUAAUGCUGUUGUUGGAAACAUAUUGGUGCAGUUCACAUAGGUCCAGGCAUGUUUGCCAUAAGGGCACCUGAGGAGGAGUCCUCAGAGAUGGUGGAGGAGAUGGACACGUCAGAGGCUGUCUGGUGCUGGUAUUACCUAGCUGAAUGUGGAGUGUGGCACAUGUUUGAGAUUGAUCCAAGUGCUGCAUGCUCUGUGACCAGUGAGCAGAUAGAACAGAAUUACAGCAGGAAUCAACACGGUGUCAUGGAGUUUUACACCGCCAAGUACACCUACAGACUGGACUUCUCAGUCAUGAAGCAGAUCAAUGUCACAACCGGGAAACAACGGCCAAUCAAACGGGCGUUCCACUCUGCCACUGGCUUUAGGUUCAUUUGUGAUAAUCUGGCCCUGCCGGUGCCCUGCCACUGGGAGAGAAUAAAUACAGACGAGCCUUAUCAGCUUGUCUCAUUGGCCAGAGAUACUUAUGAAUUCAAGGAAGUGGUCAGACUCUAUGAAAGGACCAUGUGUCACCCUAUCAAAUCUAUUCAGAGGAUACAGAACCUGGAUCUGUGGGAGUUCUUUUGCAGGAAAAAACAACAAUUGCGGAAGAUAAAGCGAGUUGUGGACAUUGAGGAGAAAAUGUUAUUUCAUGGCACAGGCCACAGCAACGUGCAGGCUAUAUGCACAUAUAACUUUGACUGGCGGCUAACUGGGAGCCACGGGGACGUCUAUGGCAGAGGGAGUUAUUUCGCCCGAGACGCCAAGUAUUCUAGCAAAUUCUGCCUUACGACGGGGAAACAUAACUUUGCCUUGCAGAAGCACGGACUAGCCCCGCCGAUAUUUUCAAGCGAGCCUCCAUAUAAGACCAUGUUCCUGGCCAGAGUGCUGGUCGGCGAGUCCACGUUAGGCAAUCCGCUGUUCUGCCGACCGCCAUCCAAGGACAUGAGCUACAGCAACUUCUUCGACAGCUGUGUGGACGACCUCGCCAACCCAAAGAUCUACGUCAUCUUCGACUGCAACCAGAUUUACCCAGAGUAUCUCAUUGAGUUCUACUGACGCCUAUGGGGUGAUCAGGGACGUUAUCACACAAUGUACAUGGGGCAGAUUUUUUUUUACCAGGACGGGAUUGAGAUUCAGAAACAUCAGGGGAGAGGUCGAGAGAGGAGGGACUCAAUGGACGGCCAUGUUGACUUCCCGCUGUUUGAUUCAAGGCCUGACUGGGACUUGGAUCAUAAGAAGUGCCUUAAUGGAUUACUAUGGCAGAACAGGGAAGACCAUACAAGAAGACUAUGUUUCUAUAAAAGCUGUAGAGUUCGUAAAGAGUGGUUUGUCUAUUUACUGUGUUUAGAGACUUGUGGGUCGGUCAGGGCGAGAGGUGGCGUAUUUGAAAAAACUGAAAAGUAACUGCACACUGUUGGAGUGUUCCCGAAAUGGAUUAGCAAUGUUUCAACCUGCCACAGAGGAUCUUUGGCAGGAUCACCCUGUGUUGUCGAAACGUUGUGAAUAUGUUUCGGGAGCGUUCUAACAGUGUGCAGGUAUUCCUUUUUUUCUUUUCCUUUGACUGUUUGGGUCCAACAUGACCAUAGUCAAGCAAAGCUAAAAAGUGCAACACACUUCUAAUGAGGAUGUAGACUGAAUAACUACUUUGGUGACCAGGAUGCAAUAACUCACUAUUACAAGUGAAGUCGCCAACAUAAAGUAAACAAAUAUUUGACUUGCCCUACUCCUGUAUACAAGGACCUGAUAUCAUAGAUAGACAUUGAAUAAGUAGGUGUAUCCAAACUUUUGACUGGUACUGUGUAUAAGGGAUAUAUUCAUUGUAACUGUACAGUAAUCUGCUCUUGUAAUAUUUUCUACAUUGUAGAAUAAUAGUGAAGACAUCAAAACUAUGAAAUAACACAUAUGGAAUCAUGUAGUAACAAAAAAAAGUGUUAGAAGAAUCUAAAAUAUAUUUAGAUUUGUUUAAGUAGCCACCCUUUGCCUUGAUGACAGCUUUGCACUCUCUUGGCAUUCUCUCAACCAGCUUCAUGAGGAAUCAUUUUCCAACAGUCUUGAAGGAGUUCCCACAUAUGCUGAGCACUUGUUGGCUGAUUUUCCUUUACUCUGCGGUCCAACUCAUCCCAAACCAUCUCAAUUGGGCUGAGGUCGGGGGAUUGUGGAGGCCAGGUUAUCUGCUUCAGGACUCUAUCACUCUCCUUCUUGGUCAAAUCGCCCUUAUACAGUCAUUGUCCUGUUAAAAAACAAAUGAUCGUCCCACUAAGCGCAAACCAGAUGGGAUGGCGUAUCGCUGCAGAAUGCUGUGGUAGCCAUGCUGGUUAAGUGUGCCUUGAAUUCUAAAUAAAUCACAGACAGUGUCACCAGCAAAGCACCCCCACACCAUCACACCUCCUCCUCCAUGCUUCACGGUGGGAACCACACAUGCGGAGAUCAUCCGUUCACCUACUCUGCGUCUCACAAAGACACAGCGGUUGUAACAAAAAAUCUCAAAUGUGGACUCAUCAGACCAAAGGACAGAUUUCCACCGGUCUAAUGUCCAUUGUGUGUGUUUCUUGGCCCAAGCAAGUCUCUUCUUCUUAUUGGUGUCCUUUAGUAGUGUUUUUUUGUUGCUGAAAUUCAACCAUGAAGAUCUGAGUCUCUGAAAAGUUGAUGUUGAGAUGUGUCUGUUACUUGAACUCUGAGGCAUUUAUUUGGGCUGCAAUUUCUGAGGCUGGUAACUCUAAUGAACUUAUCUUCUGCAGCAGAGGUAACUCUGGGUCUUCCAUUCCUGUGGCGGUCCUCAUGAGAGCCAGUUUCUUCAUAGCGCUUGAUAGUUUUUGAGACUGCACUUGAAGAAACUUUCAAAGUUCUUCAUGUCUUAAAGUAAUGAUGGACUAUCGUUUCUCUUUGCUUAUUUGAGCUGUUUAUUCCAUAAUAUGGACUUGUCACAACACAACUGUCUCAUGCGUUAAGAAGGAAUGAAAUUCCACAAAUUAACUUUUAACAAGGCACACCUGUUCAUUGAAAUGCAUUCCAGGUGACAACCUCAUGAAACUGGUUGAGAUUGCCAAGAGUGUGCAAAGCUGUCAUCAAGGCAAAGGGUGGCUACUUUGAAGAAUCUCAAUAAUAAAAUAUAUUUUGAUUUGUUUAACACUUAUUUGGUUGCUGGAUCAUUCCAUAUGUGUUAUUUCAUAGUUUUGAGGUCUUCACUAUUAUUCUACAAUGUAGAAAAUAGUAAAAAUAAAGAAAAACCCUUGAAUGAGUAGGUGUAUCUAAACUUUGACUGGUACUGUAUAUAUAACAAAUAUAGUUACCAAAGAAAUUGGAUUUCUAGGAAAACUAGAUAGAUUUCACACAGAGUUGCUCCAAUUCUAACUAAACAGACAAUGCAAACACUGCAGUUGUACUAUCACAUCAUAUCAUGCAUGAGGCUUAUAGUCAGCUCGUCUCUGUGUACUGUACUGUAGCAGAUGCAUUUUCUAAAUGAAAGCUAGGAUAUAGGCCUAGCUAGUGUUGCUAAGCUAAGAAACCGGAUGAAUCUCUUUGGGGACCGUUUGUGCAAGUCAAGUGAUUGAUUGCCUGAGUUAAUUGAGGCCAAGACCUUCGGCCAAGAUGGCUUUUAAAGGCCAAUAUGUCUUAAAAUCUACUGCUUUCUCCUUCACCGCUAUUGGUACCAUGAUCUGACAAUGCAGUAGGCUACCUGUAUAUGUGUAAUGUAUGUAGUUGAUAUAUGCAUGAUAAGCACUCUCUUACCCCUUAAACAAUCUACCUCCCUCAUUCUGCACAUUGUACAUUGUUCAAGAAGGAAAUACCCCCAUGAAUAUUUUCUUGAGCUGAAUUAAAAUUGUCUUUCCUCUUAAUGAGAGGGUGUCAAACUAUGUCAUAAUGACAGUAUUUUCGUGUUCAUUUAAAAUCAUGUAAUGUUGGUCAGUACUUCAUGUCCUCUGCUUUGAUGUAUAAACUUGAUAUGGGCUUGAUUUAGGCCUACUGUUGUAAUACACUGUAAAUAAACUAAAAUGUUAUACGUG